UUUAGUCGCUAAUGGAACAUUUCCGUGGAUCCCUGGCAACAAAAUGACCAUGAUACCCGGCUUCGAUGGCGCUGGGGUCAUCAUUGCCGUUGGAUCUGGCGUACAGGAAUUCAGGAUAUCAGAUAAAGUGAUUCCGCUAUACUACCCAACCUUCCACGUUGGAAAAGCCCCAUCGCUCGAACAAAUGUCAUUUACCCCAGGGUCUUCGCCUAGUGUUCCUGGAACAUUCCGCAAAAUGGGCGUCUUCAAGCAAGAGCACGUAAUCGCAAUGCCAUCAAACUUGAGCUUUGACGAAGCCGCAACCCUGCCUUGCUCAGCGCUCACUGCGUGGAAUGCACUCCACGGAAUCGCCCCAUUAAAGGCCGGCGAAUGUGUCUUGGUGCAGGGUACCGGCGGGGUCUCCCUCUUUGCUGCUCUGUUCGCCCUUGCUGCAGGAGCGAUUGUGAUAGCAACGACGUCGACUGAGGAAAAGGCUAACCGGCUCCGUGAACUUGGCGUGCACCAUGUGCUGAAUUAUAAAGAGGAUCCAGAGUGGGGUGCCAAAGCAAAAGAACUUUCACCCAGUGGACAGGGAUGCCACCGGGUCAUCGAAGUAGGGGGGCAGCAAACCAUUGCCCAGUCAUUCCAGUGUGUUGCGCGCGGUGGUGAGAUUGAUAUCAUUGGUUUCCUGACGGGACAGAGGAAAGAUGACGCAGGGCUUACAUAUUUGGAGCCUUUGAUUCGAGCUUGCACCGUUCGGGGCAUCGAGGUUGGCAACCGGGUUCAGUUUGAAGAGAUGGUUAGGGCUAUUGAGAGGCAUGAUAUCAGGCCUGUCAUUGAUGGCAAGAGAUUCGCUUUGACCGAGCUCCAGGAUGCCUACCAGUUCAUGUGGAGCCAAUCGCAAAUUGGGAAGAUCGUGCUUACGGCCUCGAAUUCUGUGUAAUUAUGAUCGUUUCGCGGGGGCGUAUUAUUAAGAUAGAUACAAAUAGUUACAUAGGAACCGACUUGCGGUCAAGCCAGC